UGUUUAUGUGCGCGAUUUUUUGUUAUUUUUGUAUAAAUUUUGGUUUAUUUGGGUUAUAUCCGACUUUAAUAGCUGUGACAACCUUCUUGGAAAAUGCCCGAAAUUGACGGGGAAGAGAGUGGCGAAGAUGAAAUAGCUCGAAAUAUGACAGCAGAUGAAAAUAUGAGCGAUGAUGAGGAGAACGAUGAUGGUACAUCGUCUGGGUCGGAAGAAUCGUCAAGUUCAGGUGACGAAAUUGAAAAUGAAAAAAGACGCCAACAAUGCAUUCAAGAAAUGAGUGAACUGGAAAAACAAUUUGUUGAUAUCAAAGAGCAAUUGUAUAAGGAAAGAAUAAGUCAAAUUGAAAAGAAACUAGUAACUGUUCAAGAAGACACUGCAAAGGAAUAUUUGGAUCCAUUACUCAAACUGGAAGAUAUGUGUAAAGUACGACAAGACGUAGCAGAUAUCUUGAAGGAUUGUAAAUUACAAAAUGUAGAAAAUAAAUACAUGGCUGAAGGUCUGGCAACAUCACAGUAUUUUGAGAGUGAGAAAAGUGCUCUUAUGGAAAUCAUGCGUGUUGACUUGGAAGAAAAGAUUCGAAAAUUGGAAGAAGAUAGGCAUAACUCAGACAUCAGUGCUGAUAUUUGGCUAGAAUCUCACAGCGUAAAGAAACACAAGAAAUCUUCUGAUGGCUUCUUUAGCGAAAAGCGAAAGAAACCUGUUACGGUUACAGGUCCUUAUAUUGUAUACAUGCUCAGGGAUAUGGACAUCUACGAAGACUGGGCUGCUAUCAGAAGGGCAAAAGGUGCUUUAUCCAGAAGAAAAUCUGAAAGUCACAGUGGCCAAGGAGGCAACAUUUUUGGAGAUAGUAAAUGCCCGUUCAGUGCAAAAUAUGAAGAUGGCAAACUGUUUUAUGAGGGAGAAUGGUUUCUAAAAGGCAAUCAUGUCAAGGUUGAAAGUAAAGGAGGAGCCCCAGUAGAUGCUACCAUCACAGGAAUCAACACUGGAGAGGUUUGGAUUAAGAAGCCCCAUGGAGACAGAUUCAAACUUUACAUAGCACAAUUACAAAAAGGAAAAUUCAAACUUAGAAAAGUUAAAUAAGAUGUAGUGUUGUAUAACAAUACAGAAUGUAAAUUGUUGUAUUAUAUUAUGUAGCAUUCUACCUGCUAGAUCCAGUAAUAAUUUGCUUUGUUGCAAAUGUUUUUUGUACUAAACAUACUCAGGCUUUAAAAUUAUAUUUAUUUAUUUGACGUUUUCUAAUGUCUGUUCUUUACAUAAUUGCUCAAGAGUUUGCCAUUGAACCCCAGUGUAUUUUAUCCUAAAAUUUGUAUAAAUUAUAUGUCUAAAUGAAAAAUGUACAUGAACCUAACUUUACUCCCAGAGAGUAACAAAGUUUAACUGUCAACUAGGUAGCAAAAAUAAACUAAAUAUCAAUGUUCAACUAAGGAUUAAUGUUUAACUUAAUAUAUUUAAUUCUAAGUUAAGGGUGUUUU